AUGCCGGAAUCACAAUCGUCUGAUCCCGCAUUCCCCAGCGGCAAGGGUGCGGACUUGCCUGCGCAACCCGCUGCCCCGCCAGGCCAGAUCCUAACCGGAAAGCAAGAACACUACCUCAAGCGCGAGCUCAUCGCCCGUCAAGUCCGCGCCGAAAUCUCCGAGCUGAAUUCCCCGACCGCGCUGCAGCGAUUCGGUGCGCCCUUUAGGUCUGAGUUUGGUGAGGUUGCGCCUGUCGACUCUGAGCUACCUAUUUUGCGGUAUAUCUUCGUGCAUCACGUUCGGAAUUUCCCGUUCCUUGACCAGGCGCGGGAAAAGGAGUUUUGGCAGGAUAAGCUACAAAUCUUCUUGGAAUCGUUCGCCAAUAAACAUGUUUCGUCUUCGGAGGAUCGGCUGGAGGAAACGAAGCGUCGGAAGUUGGCACGGAAAUGCGAGAAGCUCGUGGAGCUGAUGAUGGUUUCGGGUGUACCGACCGCGUCUGGCUAUGAGGAGCGCAUUCAGUUCUCUGAGAUGGAGGUUGUGGAGCGUGGAGCUCAGGAGUCGGGCUUGCUGGUUAAUAUGCCCGAGGGUAAUUCGAUUAAUGGCUGGGAUGUGAAUGUUGCCGCUGUUCGGACGACGUCUGUCAAGCGGACGAUGCGAUACCAUCAACACGCAGAAUUUCUCAUUCGAGUUCGUCAAGAUGGCAAAGGCGAGUUACAUGUUGGGAGGAGAUAUGGAGAGUUUGUUAAGCUCCACAAGAGAUUGAGGACUGAAAUGCCUGGCAAACAUCUUCCACCUCUACCUCGCAAAAACAAGACUUCUACUUCGAGCUGGUUUGGUUCAAAUGCCGAUGAUGAUGCCUCUUCAGUCUCAUCUCUUUCUACACAGGGUAACAGCAUGCCCGAGGAGCUGCCUUCCUCGCGAACCCUUGCCCCUUCCACGGGUAGCAUUCGGCGUUCGCUUUCACGGAGUUCAAUGCGAUCAACCAAAUCACCCCGUGCAUCGACUACCGAUGUAUCAAGAGAGACCGUAUUAUACCGCGAGGAACAACGUGUAUCGCUGCGCGCGUUCCUGCGCACAAUAUUGCAGAACAAGCGCGUUUCGGAAUCCAAGGCAAUGGAAGAGUUCUUGACUGCGCGUCCCAUUAAGUUGAAUGAGGAAGAGGAGCUUGAUGUUCAGAAGCGGAAAGCCAUGGAUGCGGUGAGAAUUGAGGAGCAGAAACGCUUUUAUGAAAUUGCCAGGCAGCGAGCUGCCGAGUUGGACGUUUACAUGGAGCAGUUCCGUCGGGAUAUUGUGGAGAGCAAUGGACUAACAAAGCUUUUCGCUGAGAUCCGGGAGAAGCCUUCUAUUCCAGACCUCAGCCCGCAAUAUCAGAAGUUUGCUGAGUGGCUUCGUAUUGAAGUUGCUGCAACGAUAUACCACUUGUUCCUUGCUGAGGAUAACUCCCCUGAACUUUUCGCGCAAGCGAAGAGGAUCCACGGUCUCGUCCCUUAUACGCUGAUGAAGAAUGUCAUUCGCAUUGCCAACCCAGCCGCAGUCAUGUCUGGUGUUCUCGACUUGUUUAUGGCACAACCCUUCGGAUCGCGGUCACUCUUGCAGCGCAUUUUCUCUUUGACAUUGAACGAGAGCAUCAAAGACUUCCAGCGGCAUAUCAACUCGCUGGCUGCCAAGGUCGAGGAUGAAGUUCUCACCAAGAAGCUUAAGGCCUUCGCGGAUGCCGAGGAAGAAAUCAAGAAUGAGAUCAGAGCAGAGGCCGUGGCCGAUGACGUUGAUCUUAUUGUCGCCAUCCUUCGCUCUGAACUCAUAUCUCCAGAGCUCACGCCAGAGCAGAUUGGAAAGGUAUUCAACGGCUACGUUGCCUGGAACCACGCAGUCGAUAAUGUAGACCUGGAAAUGCAACAGGGCGCUCAAUGGUUCGCUCACAUGAAGCAGCUUCUCAAGCUUUACACCCGGCAACGGGAUAAGUCGAUGAUGCUGAGCAUUGUUGAAGAGCCUGUCACAUUACAGCUCUUCCGUGAUCUCUUCACUAUCUUUUACGAACCCCUGGUCCGAGUUUACAAGUCUGCAAACGUGUACAGCAGUAUUACCGACUUUGCGCAAUUCGCUGACGACGCUAUUGGUGUGAUUGAGAGUUCCCAGCGCCAGGAUGCCUCUGCCGAUCCAAACCAGACUGUGCAGGCCUUCAUCGACCUGUGCGCUCGUCACGAGGCCAACUUCUACAAAUUUAUUCAUGAAGUGCACCAGCAUGACAAUGGUCUGUUCCAGUCUCUAAUGUCUUGGAUCGAGGAGAUCCUCGAUUUCCUGCGCAAUGGCCCCGCAGGAGGCAAAAUGGACAUCAACGCCUUGUUCCAAGGAGCUGUUGGCGUCGGCCAGGUCGACAAAGAUAUUGCCCUGACCGAAAUUAACGCUUUGAUUAAGUGGCAUGAAGACCGCAAACGCUGGCAUCUGAACAAGACCCGCCAGAAGAUGGCCACUGAAGGUACAGCAGGGGAAACCAUCCCUGGCACUGGUGCCUUCCGUAGUGGUGAUUUCGGUCUUGACGAGGGCGAUUUGGAAGACCUCACAAUCUCAGAUGAAGCAUCUGACGCCUCAGACGAAGACACCGAAGACGAAGACAUGGAUGACCCCAUUGCCGUCGAGCGUCGCCGUCGCACAAAGAAACAGGACCAACUCCGCCGUACAGCCGGUGAACCUGUCAAGCCGGAGGUCACCGAGAUUCUCAAGCUGGGCGAACCAUUUGUUGUCAUGUUGCGGCAUGUGCUUGCGGAUUAG